CAGGGGUCAGUGGUCAGUGGUCGGGCCGUGGUCGGCGCCCUUGUGGCCUGCGCCCUCGUGGCCUGCGCAUGGGCCUCCCGCUGCGCGCGCUGUUGGGAGCCUGCAGACCGUGGACCCUGCGCCUGGGACCGCGUCCACGCUGCUCGCCGCGCAUGGCCGGGAACGCGGAGCUGCCCUCCCCCGCCGGGUCUGCGCGCCCCCAGGACCGGAGGUCCCGCAGCGGCCGGGCCGGGGGCGUCCGCGUCUGGGAGGACGGGGAGCAUCCGGCCAAGAAGCUCAAGAGCGGCGGGGACGAGGAGCGGCGCGGGAAGCUGCCCAAGCGCAAGGUCGUGCUGCUCGUGGCCUACUCGGGCAAGGGCUACCACGGCAUGCAGAGGAAUGUUGGGUCCUCACAAUUCAAAACAAUUGAAGAUGACUUGGUGUCUGCCCUUGUCCGGUCGGGCUGUAUUCCUGAAAAUCACGGCGAGGACAUGAGGAAGAUGUCCUUCCAGCGCUGCGCCCGGACUGACAAGGGUGUAUCCGCAGCCGGCCAGGUGGUAUCCCUGAAGGUGUGGCUGAUUGACGGCAUUCUGGAAAAGAUCAACAGCCACCUUCCCUCUCACAUUCGGAUUCUGGGCCUGAAGCGGGUCACGGGCGGCUUUAACUCCAAGAACAAGUGUGAUGCCAGGACCUACUGCUACCUGCUGCCCACGUUUGCCUUUGCGCACAAGGACCGUGAUGUGCAGGACGAGACCUACCGCCUGAGCGCCGAGACACUGCAGCAGGUUAACAGGCUCCUGGCCCGCUACAAGGGCACGCACAACUUCCACAAUUUCACGUCGCAGAAGGGGCCGCAGGAGCCCAGCGCCCGCCGCUACAUCCUGGACAUGUACUGUGAGGAGCCCUUUGUGCGGGAGGGCCUGGAGUUCGCCGUGAUCAGGGUGAAGGGCCAGAGCUUCAUGAUGCAUCAGAUCCGGAAGAUGGUCGGCCUGGUGGUGGCCAUCGUGAAGGGCUACGCCCCCGAGAGCGUGCUGGAGCGCAGCUGGGGCGCGGAGAAGGUGGACGUGCCCAAGGCGCCGGGACUCGGCCUGGUCCUGGAGAGGGUGCACUUCGAGAAGUACAACCAGCGCUUCGGCAACGAUGGGCUGCACGAGCCACUGGACUGGGCGCAGGAGGAGGGCAAGGUCGCGGCCUUCAAGGAGGAGCACAUCUACCCCACCAUCAUCGGCACCGAGCAGAACGAGCGCUCCAUGGCCCAGUGGCUGAGCACCCUGCCCGUCCACAACUUCAGCGCCACUGCUCUCGCGGCAGCUGGCACAGGCGGCAAGCUGCCCGGUCCCCUGGAAGGCAGUGAAGGGGACGGAGACACCGACUGAGGCGGUGGGAGCUGCCAGCCAGAGCACCUCUGAGCAGCUCACAGUCUGUGCCCAGGCGCGCCACCCCAGUGGGCAGCAAGAAGCUGGGAUCGCUGCAGCCGUGUUUCCUGGCCGUGGGAGCCGAGGCGUCUCAGGCAUGCCUGGCAGGUGUGGCCCGGCGUUGAAACCUCAGGACCUUUCCUUGUAGGAACAGCCUUCUCCAAUCUGUUUUCAGCUCUUGCAUUGCAUAGAUGAAUUUCAGCAUGUAAAGAACUAUUUUUUUAAAAAAGUGAUUUUCUUAUUAAACAAGUGCUCAUUUUGCUUAGUGAAUCCUU